GCAAAGACGCCACUCUGGCUUCUCCUGGAAAGAAACUCUCACACAGUGCCUGGCGUCGAGAGCAGAGAGGCGGAUGAAACAGAAACAGAGGCUGAUUUUUUUUUUCUUUUCUUCUCUUAUAAUUUAGCAGAGAAGCGCACAAGAGAGAAACUUUUUUUGCGCUGCGAGUGGACGGUAGAUCCGACGGCCACAGAGAGACAGAGAGAGAGGGAGACUCCAGAUAUCCACUGGAUGGAUAAAGACAUGGAGCUGAGCAGAAGGGAUGCUCCUCUGUAUGGGCAGGUGGAGGCCCAGGUCACAUUUCAGAACCGAGCCCCAGUUCCUGCAGAAGCAGAGUUUUAUGUGGUUCUACAAGGAUCCAGGCUUAUGCACAUAAUGUCAGCAAAGAGAAGAACUGAUGGGCUGGCCCUCUGCUUCACGGUUCCCGGCCACGACCUUGCAGAAGCUGUCUCCGUCACGUCUUACUUCCACACAGAGGACGGAGUGAAGCCUUGUGGGGGCGAAGCGUCUCUGGAAUACAUCACUGACGUGGCCCAGGACGUCGCACAGUACCUGUGCGCAAACAGGAGCCGGCUGACUCCCCAAAGCUACCUGGAGAUCCUGGGCAGGUUCGCCACGCAGACGGAGGACGCAGACGAGCACGGCGGCCGUGAGGACGAGCUCUGUCGUAGGCAGUCGGACCGCGAGGAUGAGGAUGUGCUGAUUAAACAAAGAGCUGAGGAUGAAACUGGGCUCAGGGUGCUGGACGUGGAGAUCACACAGGCCUUCGCUAACAUGGACUACCCUCAGAGCUGGAGAGGCACAGACAGCCAGCCCAGAGAAGUUGCAGAGUUGCAGCCCAAAGAGACCCUCCUCCAUUUGGCAGUGCGCUUGGAUUUGCUCCAUCUCUCCCGUUUCCUAAUUCACCAACCAAGAGGUCAAAGGGCACUGACGUUACCCAACCAGGAGGGAGAUACCCCGCUCCAGCUGGCUCAGAAAGGUGGAGAACAUGCCCUGUUUAGUGCACUUGCCACCCCCCCGGUUCCUGUAGUCGGCCCUGUCGCGGGUGUGUGGUGUGUGUGGUCCGACACCUCCAGUAUGCUGAGGUUUUGUCCCGGCACCGACUCCCUGUCCCUCGCUGUCCAGCAAACCGCAGGGAACAGCCCCGAGGACGGCAUCGUGGUCCUCAGAGAAAGACUGGGAGAUGACAGCGUCCUCAAACUGAUUGCGGCGCUCAGAGGUGAUGCUGAUGCUGCCGGCAGCGACAGAGAGGAUGGCCACGCUGCUGAUGGAGACCUUGGCGAGGAGCUCCAUGUGGACGAGCACGUGCUGCUGAGCAGUGUUUUUGAAGAACAGCUGGUUCUCUCUUUGGAUGAUGAUGAUGAUGAAGAAUACCCAUCCGCACUACCUGCGGCUUGUGGGUUGUGUCCUUACCCGCUGGCCUCCACAAUGACUCAGUCUGAGUGUCCAGGAAUCUGCCCUGUCACUGAGACAAAGACAGGAAUGGGGGCAGGCUGGUCCCAUUCAAACUUCUGUCUGAGCCAAAAGAUGCCCCCCUUUUGCCCCCUGUACCCUGCCGUCCCCUCCCCCUCCUCCACUCCAGGGGCCGGACAGUGGAUCUCUGUGAUUGAGGUGGGAGCAGGAAUGUUUUACAAGCUCAAAUGUCCUGGACUUACACGUUGA